GGAGCACCAAACACCACCAGCCGUAGCCGCAGCAGCAGCAGCGAAAGGGGCAGGGAGGAAGGAAGGCAGGCGCAGGCACCGCGGCCCCUUUUCCCCAGCGCCAGCUCUUUGGCUGCCUUCCCGGCUGAGCAAGGGCGAGGAAAGCCAGCCGGCCACCCCCCUCGGCGGGCGGGAGCCCACCAGCCUUGCGGAGGGCGCUCGGCCACGCUGGAGGGGCUCAAGACCCCCUUGGAAGGAGAAGCGUGGGGGGGAGAAAGGCGCAGCAAGGCGGACCUUGCCUGCCUGACUGCCUGCGGGGUCGGUUCCGGCGUGGCUGGGCGCUGCGGAGGCCGAGCUCCGCUGAUCGGGAGCCAGCGACCGGCCCCUGAGCCUCGAUGGAGACGGCGCCCUUCCCGCACCCGUUGGCUCCCGAGCCCGAACCCGGUCCGGUUCGGCCGGCCGGCGAGAAACGCUUCCCUCUCUGGUACGUGGGUUGCACCAGCCUGGACCGGCGCGCCACGCUGCCCAUGUUGCCCUGGCUGAUGGCCGAAGUCCGGCGGCGCAGUCAGAAGCCCGAGCCGGGCGCGGCUCCGGCCCGGGAGGUGCUGCUGCUGUUGGGCGCGCCCACCCUGCGCUGCGUGCCUUCUUCGCCCGCCGGCGGCGGCCCCGGCUCGGCCGUCUUCAUCUUCGAGCACAAAGCGCAGCACAUCUCGCGCUUCGUCCACAACAGCCAGGACCUCACCUACUUCGCCUACCUGAUCAAGGCGCAGCCCGACGACCCCGAAUCGCCCGUCGCCUGCCACGUCUUCCGAGCCACCGACCCCAACCAGGUCCCAGAUGUCAUCAGUAGUAUAAGACAGGCUUCCAAAGUUGCCCUCAAAGAAGACGUCAAGCCCAAUAAAGAAAAUGAAGAUGCCUUCUACAACUCCCAAAAGUUUGAGGUGCUGUAUCGUGGGAAGGUGACGGUGGCCCACAAAAAGGCUCCCUCCUCCCUCAUCGACGAUUGCAUCGAGAAGUUCCACCUCCACGAACGUCAGCGCCUGAAGCUGCUGAGCGAGCACUGCAGCACCGAGUCCAGCAUGGACCUCAUGACAUGGGAGGAUGGUCCCUCUUCCCCUUUGGACAACCCAUUUCAGGAGGUGGAGGGUUCCAGUGGAGGCACCCCGGGGAUGUUCAUUGUGGGGAGCCAGACCAACCUGACCAGUUUGGCCAGCUGCCGGACCUCUUUCCCUGAGCGGAUCCUGGAGGACUCGGGAGUGGAGGAGCAGCUGGAGUUUCGUUCUCGCUGCAGCAGUGCUGCCAGCCUGCAAAGGAAAGCUCAGGAGAAUAACGCCAAGCCUUCAUCCCGAAGGCGCCAUGCCAGUGCCCCAAGCCACGUCCAGCCCUCUGACUCUGAAAAAAACAGGACAAUGUUGUUUCAGGUUGGUCGGUUUGAAAUUAACCUCAUCAGUCCAGACUCCAAAUCAGUUGUCUUGGAGAAGAACUUCAAAGACAUCUCCUCAUGUUCUCAGGGCAUAAAGCACAUUGAUCAUUUUGGUUUUAUAUGUCGGGAAUCCACCGAACCUGGAAUAAACCAGUAUGCUUGCUAUGUCUUCCAGUGUGCGAGCGAAUCUCUGGUGGAUGAGAUCAUGCUGACUCUGAAGCAAGCCUUUAGCACAGCAGCUGCCCUGCAGAAUGCCAAGACCCAGAUCAAACUGUGCGAGGCCUGCCCGAUGCACUCCCUCCACAAGCUGUGUGAAAGGAUCGAAGGACUUUAUCCGCCAAGAGCCAAGCUUGUAAUUCAGAGGCACCUGUCCUCUCUCAGUGACAACGAGCAGGCGGACAUCUUUGAGCGUGUUCAGAAAAUGAAGCCGGUUAGUGACCAGGAAGAAAACGAGCUGCUGAUUUUCCACCUGCGGCAGUUGUGCGAGGCGAAGCAAAAGACCCACAUCCACAUUGACGAGACCCCCAUGAACGCGUCUAAUAACACAAUCCCCGAAAACACCACCAGUAGUGGAAGAUUCACCCUGGAUAUCCUGAAGAACAAAGCCAAGAAAUCCUUAACCAGCUCACUCGAAAACAUCUUCUCCAGGGGAGCCAGCCGCAUGCGUGGUCGUCUGGGGAGCACGGAGAGCUUUGAAAGGUGCAACCACCUGACUUUCGACAAAGACUGCUCCUCUGGGGACUCCCCACCUUCCACACCUCCGGCGUCUCCCGUUGCCUUGGCUGGACACCCGUUUCCCGAAGAGGACUCCGAUUCUCCUCAGUUUAGGAGACGCGCACAUACUUUCAGCCACCCGCCCUCCGCCUCCAAGAAGAGGAUCACUUUCCAGAAUGGAAGGUCUCAAAGUGUCCGGUCACCCCUCCUGAGGCAAAACUCAGCCGAACAGAGCAGCGAUGUGGAGAAAAGGAAGAGGACUUCCUCCGUGUGCAGCAGUGACUCUCUAAAUGCUGGUGGUAUCACCCUGCCCCCCCGUCGGAUCUCCUGGCGGCAGAGGAUCUUCCUAAGGGUGGCAUCCCCCAUGAAGAAGUCUCCUUCAGCCAUGCAGCUUGAAGAUGGCUGUGAUGAAAAAGAACUGCUGCCGUUAUCUCCGCUUCCACCGUCCUUUGACGAAGUGCCCCUGGUUUCCUUCUUGCAAAAUGAGGAUGUUGAGGACCAGACUGGAGAGAAGAAGAAGUCGGAGGAGCUGCAGAGCCUGUGGAGAAAAGCGAUCCACCAGCAGAUCCUCCUCCUUCGGAUGGAGAAGGAAAACCAGAAACUGGAAGCGAGCAGAGACGAGCUCCAAUCCAGGAAAAUUAAGCUGGACUAUGAGGAAGUUGGAACCUGUCAGAAGGAUGCCAUUAACAUCUGGGACAAGAAACUGUUGAAUUGCAGAGCCAAGAUCAGAUGUGAUGUGGAAGACAUUCAUACCACCCUGAAAGAUGGUGUCCCCAAAAGCCGCCGGGGAGAAAUUUGGCAGUUUCUGGCCGUGCAGCACCGCGUCAGACACCGGCUCCCAAAUAAGCAACAGCCUCCUGACAUCUCCUACAAAGAUCUCUUGAAGCAGCUGACAACGCAGCAGCAUGCCAUCCUGGUGGACCUGGGAAGGACUUUCCCCACCCAUCCCUACUUUUCGGCUCAACUGGGCGCAGGACAGCUCUCGCUCUUCAACCUGCUGAAAGCCUACUCCUUGCUGGACAAGGAGGUGGGCUAUUGUCAAGGCAUCAGUUUCGUGGCCGGCGUGCUGCUCCUCCACAUGAGUGAAGAGCAAGCCUUCGAAAUGCUGAAAUUCCUCAUGUAUGAUCUCGGGUUCCGGAAACAGUACAGGCCCGACAUGAUGUCACUGCAGAUCCAGAUGUACCGCUGCAAGCUGCUUCAUGAUUAUCACCGGGAUCUUGACCACCAUCUGGAAGAAAACGAUAUCAGCCCCGCCUUUAAUGCUGCACCCUGGUUUCUCACUUUAUUUGCCUCGCAAUUUCCCCUGGGAUUCGUAGCCAGAAUCUUUGAUAUCAUUUUCCUUCAAGGUACAGAAGUCAUAUUUAAGGUAGCACUAUGCCUGCUUAGCACCCAGGAGGAGAGCAUCAUGUCGUGUGAGACAUUUGAAGGCAUUGUUGAGUUUCUUAAGAACACUCUGCCAGACAUGUCACAGCCCCAGAUGGAGAAGAUAAUGGCCCAGGUAUUUGAGAUGGACAUUUCCAAACAGCUUCAUGCCUAUGAGGUGGAGUACCAUGUCGCAGGACGAUUGCAAGAGAACCUGAGCCCUUGUGAGGAGAUUGAAGCUUCAGAGAAACUUGAAAGGGCCAACAGUCAGCUGAAGAGGCAGAAUAUGGACCUCUUAGAGAAACUUCAGAUAGCCCAUUCUAAGAUCCAAGGCGUGGAGGCCAACUUGGAAGAGGCCCUGAGGAGGGAGACCCAGAUGAUGAUUUUAAUCCAGUCCCUGGAAGAGGAAAAGGUUCUAUACCAGAAGACCUUGGAGAAGAUCUGCAGCUACCUGCCCCAAGAGGCCCUGUCUGACUGUGAAGAGCUGCUGAAAGAAGUCAACUGUCAUCCAAACAAAUUCUAGAAGGAAGCCAUAAAUGAGGGAGAGGACGCAAUGGGGAAAAAAGAGAGAGGAGAGAGAAUAUGGUUUCUCAUAGAUGGAAACAAAGAAACAGGCCAGGCCACUGCUGGAAGGGAGAUCCACCUCAUCUCACAAGAUUCUACAAGUAGCAGCCGCAGUAGCGAAAAGGCCUUUUUUUCAACCUCAAUAUGCAAAUCCCAAGUUCAUGUCUUCUUCUUUUUUAUAUAACGCAUGUACAUAAUUUGCAGUGCGCAGAACAAAAGACGGGAUCGAAUGAAGAAGGUCAGGUGUACAUUUAGGGCUGAUCGAAACGGGGAAAACCGGUGGAAUUUGAGACUGCUUGUAACUUAAACAUGGGAGACUCUACCUUCCCACAGCCAAGGAAGGCAACGGGGUCUUUUCUACACACUGAUCAACACUUGAAAAACUAAAAAUAAAAAGCAAGAAUGUAUUUACACCUCCAAAAAGCAGCACAGGUCCCAGCUGAGGGGUGGGCUGAGGGGUGGGAUGGGGGGUGCUGUGCAUGUCUGCUACAUGUUGGGGGUCCAUUUCUAAAGUUCCUCAGGGAACUUUAUCUCUGGUCCUUCCUUUGCGCUGGGAACAGUUGUGCUCCAGCGGACACACAACUGGCCUCUCCUCCUGUCCCCUUCAGGGAGAGCUAGUGAUGAAAAGUUGAUGAAAAGUCACCCAUUCCCUAUCCUGAAAAGCAAAGAAGACCUAUCAGGGACCCCCUUUCACUCCCCCUUCCUUGUGAGACAGAGAACGAAAACAAUGAGUGUUUAAGGUGUGGCUGGGGUGGGAGUGUGUCAGAACGCAGGUAGGACUUUCCAAGCAAGCUCCUCUCCUGGGGAAAGUUGCCUGAAAUGCUUGGGAUCAACUCCUUUCCUAUGACUUGCAGGAAUUCGUUGGGUUGAGUGUUAUCUUAGCCCCUUGUAGAUUCUUCAUGCUCUUGAGAUUUAGUUGUGCCACGGUCCGCCCUGUCACUUCAGCAAUGGCUCAGAGAUGCUAUGGAGCACUACAAGUCCUGAGAGGCUUAAAUAGGAUAGAUGGGAUGUCCUUCAGCUGAAUGCCAAAUCCUGAAGCCCGAUUCCACUUGGCCAAGGAGAAAUCCUUGUAAGAUCUUCCUACUUCCUCAAUUCUCUAGCUUUUUUCCUCUUCAAAAGUUAGUAUUUCUUCCACAGGGAAGAUCCCAUAAACCUUCAACGUUGCACCUGCAACGGAAGAACAAAUAGGUGGUCACCAAAUUUAACGCCAAGGGGAGUGGCUACCCCUAUGUGGUAGUUUGUACAUUUCAGCAUAACAUGUCUGUAUCCUCCUCUUCUUUUUUUAAGAAGCAUUAAGAAGCAGAGAUUCGGCUUCUUGAAAAUCUAGCAAUUUCUGGAUGGCGUUGAUUGUUUUUAUUAUUCUUAUUAUCAUCAACAUCAUUGUUUGCUGCUGUGCCUAUUUCUUAAGUACGUUUUUCUGGGAUUUUUUUUUGGGGGGGGAAGCUAUUUCUGCCAUGCAGACCAGGCACUGAAAUCAACGUUUGAUCUAUCAAAAGGAUGAAAAUAGCAAUCAGCCAACACAAGAAAUAUGUUUUGGAACAUGUUGUGUCGUUUCCCCCCCCCACACAUUGGGAACGACUUGUCGUGUUUCUCCAGCUGCUUUCUCUAAAAUUGUGCCAAAUUCAGCCAAGUGUCUUCCUUGUCCAAAAACAGGUGUGGGUGACAGUGCUUCCAUUAUGCAAAGAACAAGCAAAACCAAGGAGAACACAGUCGGCAUUCUCCUCCACCCGCUGCUGCGUAAGUCCAACCCGCCUCCCCCCCCCUUUUUAAAAAAAUCCUGAUCAUAUAAUUUCUUAGUUUUCCUGGGCAAC